AUGAUGCAGCCAUUUCUUGACAUUGCUGACGGGUCUGAAAACCUUGAAAAUGGAGAAGGUGUUGACUACUACCAUGUUUAUGUCAAGAAUUUCCUGCAAUUCGACCUUAGUGUUGGACAUUUGGCAGCUGCAUACGCGCUUCGUCAGAGUUCUUGUAUUUUGCUGUCUAUGAGCGAGUUGACAGGAUUUACUAAAAUUGGGUGUGCCAGUGACGCAACUGUAGCCAAGUAUGCUCGAUUUGCUGUUGCUAUCGAUUUACAAAAGAUUGCAGAGCUGUUAGAGCAGUCUUGGACAUUCUCUAUUGCACUGGAUAAGACAACACACAUGAGCACUUCAUACCUCGACAUCUGA